CGUAAUGAUAUGAAAACUGCUUAUAGCUACAAAACAACAUUUGCCUGUUCCACGAGUCAAAGUUAACAAGAUUGCACUGUUUACGGAUGUUAUUAGUGACAGAUUGAUAAAGACAAGAUAGUUUGUUAUGGUUGGAUCUGACUGCAGUUGCCACUAGAUAACCUCGAGCUGUAAAAGACGCAACAGGUUCGGCGCAGUUACUGAGUUAUCAGCUGACACAGUUCAAUAAACCUCAACAGCUGAUCCACGGUACAGUCAACAACACCAACAGCUUACGGUCGGUACAGUCAGCACUCUGUGUCUGUAGCCAUGAAAUCCUCUUAUCUCCUCUUGUUCUCCCUGUGUUUACUGACAGUCCUCCACAAAGGAAACGCUGAUUUGAAUGUUGUAAAGCAGAAUACGUGUGAACCAGGGACGACCUUCCAGAGAGACUGCAACACUUGCCGUUGUCGCCCUGAUGGCACAGUGGGCGGAUGUACUCGCAGAUUUUGCAACCCUCCUGUCACCUUACAACCAUAAUAACCUCUCAAUAAGCACGGAAACGUUUAAUUCUAUUGUAGAUGUUUACAUAAAUACUACAUAACAAUGCUUUCUGAUUUUAUUUAAUUUUGCUUUCACUUUCACUUUUGAAAUUGACGCAUUAAAAAAGAAUACAAAUUAUCAGAUUAUAUUUGUUUUAUAUAUAGUGUGAAUAAAGUACAAACGUGCUAAUUGUUACUGUAAGUGGUUCGAUCUGAGUUAUAAAUUAAAUUAAACUUAUUUAAACAGUAUUUAAAGGGUUGUUGUUAUGUUUUCCAAUUAGUAAGAUUCAACCAAUUCUGCAAUUUUCUAACUUUGUGCUAAAUAUUCGUGAUUAAUGAUACGUACUGGGUUGGUUACUAACAUCGGCUACUCCUUGUGUUUAGCUUUAGGUAUGUAAUGUAAAAACAUUUGCUAAUAAAAUAGCCAAGCAAUUCUUCUCGAAA